AUGGGCGAUCUGGACUCCGACCCUGAAGAUGCCAUCAUGCAAGAUGAGAUCCAGGGCAUCGCUCCCACACCGGAAGCUCCAAAGAAUGCAUUCACGGAACUUAUGACACGAAAGCGCAAACCAGAAACAGCAACCGAACCACCCAAGUCGUCGCGUGGGAGAUCCUCUAGGAGCCGCGACGGACUGGGCGUGUAUAUUGACAAUCCCGCCUCUUUUCCCGCUUCGCGCGUCAUAUACCACAACGAAGACUUCGUCGCGAUCAACGACCUCUACCCCAAAGCCAGUGUUCACACGCUUCUCCUCCCCCGAUCUCCUACACACAAUCUGCUCCACCCUUUUGAAGCCUUCGACGAUGCCAAAUUCCUCGAAUCAGUACAAAAGGAAGUUCUUAAGCUCAAGGACUUGGUAGCUAAGGAACUGCAACGCCGGUUUGCGAAGGAGAGCAAAGCUGAAGCGGCGCGGGAGGCCGUUUUGAAUGGGCUUGUCGAGUCCGAAGGAGACGAACUACCCAAGGGUCGCAACUGGCAAGCCGAGGUCAUCACUGGUAUACACGCGCACCCGAGCAUGAACCAUCUGCACGUCCACGUCCUGUCUCGAGACAUGUACUCGGAGUGUAUGAAGCACCGAAAACACUACAAUUCUUUCAAUACCCCUUUCCUGAUUGAUAUCGCCGAGUUUUCGCUGGCGCCAGACCACCCUGGCCGUAAAGGACACCUAUUGCAGAAUGAUUUGGUUUGCUGGAGGUGUAGUAAGAAUUUCGGCAAUCAGUUCGCGAGACUCAAGCAACACUUGGCCCUUGAGUUUUCCGAAUGGAAAAAGGAAUAA